GAGAAUAUAUAAUAUUUGCAUGGAAAUUUGGGAUAUAAGGAGUUUAUUUCCCAAGAAUUUAUUUUGUUGGGUUAUAAAUUAUUUAAGAUGAAGAAAAGAGAAGCUUGCCCUCAAAGCACAGCACCCUUUAUUUCUCCUUUCCCUCAAAUUUAAAUUUCUUCUUUCUCUUUAAGCAAGCAAGCAAAGCAUCUCUUCUUACAAAACCCUUCCACAUUUACUUGCUUUCCCUUCAGGAGGAGAUUCUUGGCAACCGGCAAUGACAGGCAAUUCAACUAUUUCAAGCUAUUGGUUCAAUUGGAGGGUGUUGGUUUGUGCGAUAUGGGUUUUAGUUACUGCAUUUUUUUCCUUCGUUUUGAUAUGGAAAUAUGAAGGUUUCCGCAAAUCAAAUGAAAAUGGUGAUGAAACUCAACAAGACAGAGCUGGAUUUCUUGAUGAGGAUGAGACAUGGAGACCAUGUUUAAAAGGGAUUCACCCUGCUUGGUUGUUGGCUUUUAGACUUGUUGCUUUCUUUGUGCUUUUGAUACUGCUAAUUGUCACUGCUUUUGUUGAUGGAGGCAGCAUUUUCUACUAUUAUACUCAGUGGACAUUCACAUUGAUCACCUUUUAUUUUGGGCUUGGGUCACUGCUCUCCAUACGUGGAUGUUACCAAUACCACAAGAGUGUUAGUGGUGACAGGGUCGAUAACGUAGAGCUAGAUGCAGAGCAAGGUAACCAUGCUGCUGUUGCAACAGCAUAUGGAGAAACCUCUAGCAAUAUUGCAGAAAAAAACAUUAACCCCGAACAUCCCCAAGUACAUUUUGUUCGCCGAAGAGCAGAUACUUGGGGUUAUGUCUUUCAAAUGAUUUUCCAGAUGAAUGCAGGUGCUGUUUUGUUGACAGAUUGUGUUUUUUGGUUCAUAAUCGUCCCGUUUCUUGCCAUUAAAGAUUACAAUCUCAGUGUUCUGGCUAUUAAUAUGCAUACUAUCAAUGCUGUUUUCUUGCUUGGUGAUACUGCUUUAAACUGCUUGCACUUCCCUUGUUUUCGGAUCGCAUACUUCUUCCUGUGGACGGUGACGUAUGUUAUAUUCCAAUGGCUCCUUCAUGCAUGUGUGAAUAUUUGGUGGCCAUAUCCAUUCCUUGAUUUGUCAUCUCCAUAUGCUCCCUUAUGGUACUUCUCGGUAGCAUUGAUGCAUUUCCCAUGCUAUGGUGCCUUUGCUUUGGUGAUAAAGCUGAAACACCAUGUAUUUACAAGAUGGUUCCCUGAAUCUUAUCAAUGUGGGAGGUAACUCUGGCAAUUUGAUUGAGAAAAAAGGUUUUGAAGAGAAAUGUAAUUUUCCCCACAGAAGCAAUAGGGAGUCUGAAUUAUACUGGAUUCUUGUGUAAAAAAAAUACGCACACACAAAAAAAGGAGUUGAUGCAUAUAUAGAUGGGAGUUUUGGACGAUUACAGAAUUGCUUAUAUAGCAAAGAAAGCAGGAAAAUCUUUGUUUUAUUCAAGGAGUAGCUUUAAAUUGUAACUAUUAUUGACAUAAAUAUAUUCAAAGGAAAUCUUUUAUUUCUCUCAUAA